AUGCCGGAAUUGGAAGAAGCUAGUGAUGGUGAGAAGUUGGAGUAUGGCAUGGGUGAGCUACUGGUUAUGAAGCGAGCUCUUCGUGAUCAAAUCAAAGAUGAUGACUUAGAGGUUAAGGUGAAUAGGAGGGUAUUGAUGAGUUUCCCAAUUGGGAGAUAUCAUGAUAAAGUGAUGUGUGAAAGUAUUAUUUCAUAUAUAUGUGGGGCAUAUUUUGUUAGGAAGGUCAUGGCAAUAUGUAGGAAAGUGAUGCAUGUUGGUGAGGAAGAAAAAAGAUUGAGAGAAAUAGAGAGCGAGAGAGAAAAAAGUGAGGUGACUAGCAGUGAGAAAAAUAGUAGAGCCACAGGAAAGAAAAGAAAAAUAGUUUUCGAGAGGAUAGAAAAGUCGAAAGUAAAUUUCUUUGUAAAAGAGAGUGAAUUGAAGAGUGCAGUAGUUGAGGGACAACCUAUGAUCUUGUUGGUUUAUAAGGAGUCACUCCUCAAUCUUGAUAAAUCUAACACACCCCUCCGUAGUUUGGUCACUUUUUUGUUGCAAGAAUUUGAAGACAUGUUUUCAGAAGACAUGCCUAAUAAGUUACCACUAUUCGAGGUAAGUGAAGGAAUUAAUGAGCAAGGGGUAUAUGAGGAAGAGUACGAGUCCAUAUGCCUUACCAAUGUUACUUGUGCCGAAGAAAGUGGAACAUGUAAGAUAUGUGUAGAUUGUCAGGCCAUCAAUAAUAUAACGGUAAAAUAUCAUCAUCAUAAUCCUAGGUUAGAUGAUAUAUUAAAUGAAUUACAUCGCUCAUGCAUAUUUAGUAAAAUGGAUCUUAAAAGUAAAUUCGUAGUGGUUUACUUUGAUGAUAUCUUGGUAUAUAGUAAGAACUUAAAUGAGCAUAAAGGACAUUAA